AUGUUCAAAUAUAGAAGCGUUUUAAAGACAUUUUCAACCCUUAAUAAAUUAAAAUGUAACAAUAUUAAUUCAAAUGCAAUCAUAAACAGUGGUAAACUAUUCACACAAAAUAAUAAUUGCACCUUAAACAAUAGUAAUAAAUUUUUCACCACCUCUAAUAAUAACGACAUCAAUGCAUUAAAAUUAGAAGAGUUAAUUAAAUCAGAUUUAAUUCAUGAUAUGAAAUCAUUUUUAACAUUUAAAAAUGAAAAAGAUAUCCAAUUUACAUCCAAACAAUGGUUGGAUAUCUUAAAAUUAAGAGGAGGCAGAGGUUUACCAAAUUAUAUGGAUUUAGAUGUUGUUGAUGUUAAAGACGAUGGUACAGUCAAAAUGAAUUUAAAAGUUGGAAAACAUCAUGUUGCAUCAAACGGAUAUGUUCAUGCUGCAUCAGUAAUUUGUUUAGCCGACACUGCAUGUGGCUAUGGUUGUUUUUCCAAACUACCAAAAGGUGCCUUUGGUUUCACAACUAUCGAAUUAAAAUCAAAUUUCCUUGGCACUGCCGCAGAAGGUGAUCUUUUAGAAUGCGAAUCAACAUUAGUUCAUGCUGGUAGAUCGACUCAAGUUUGGGAUGCUAUUGUUAAACAUGGUAAUAAAACUUUAGCUUUAUUCAGAUGUACCGAAAUUGUACUUUAUCCACAACCAAAAAAAAACUAA